AUGGCGGUCGGUAAAAAUAAGGGCCUCUCGAAAGGCGGCAAAAAAGGUGUGAAAAAGAAGAUUGUUGACCCUUUCACACGUAAAGACUGGUAUGAUGUCAAAGCCCCGUCUAUGUUCACGAAGAGACAAGUGGGCACCACUCUUGUCAACCGUACUCAGGGUACAAAAAUUGCUUCGGAAGGCCUGAAGGGACGUGUGUUUGAAGUAUCGCUGGCCGAUCUUCAAGCUGACACUGAUGCUGAAAGGUCUUUCCGCAAGUUCCGUCUGAUCGCUGAAGAUGUGCAGGGACGCAAUGUCUUGUGCAACUUCCAUGGCAUGGACCUAACCACGGACAAGCUCCGAUGGAUGGUAAAGAAAUGGCAAACACUGGUAGAAGCCAACAUUGAUGUGAAGACGACCGAUGGCUACCUUCUGCGCGUCUUCUGCAUCGGUUUCACGAACAAAGACACUCUCAGCCAACGCAAGACCUGCUAUGCUCAACACACGCAGGUUCGCGCUAUUCGCAAGAAGAUGUGCGAGAUCAUCACCCGUGACGUCACCAACUCUGAACUCCGCGAGGUGGUGAACAAACUCAUCCCCGACUCCAUCGCUAAGGACAUUGAGAAGGCCUGCCACGGAAUCUACCCGUUGAGAGAUGUGUGCAUCAGAAAGGUCAAAGUGCUGAAGAGACCCAGGUUUGAGAUCUCCAAGCUCAUGGAAUUGCACGGUGAAGGUGGCGGUGGUAAGAGAGGAGAGGCCGGAGACAAAUCUGAAAGGCCCGAGGGAUACGAGCCGCCCGUGCAAGAGAGCGUUUAA